CAGAACAUUAGGCACAGUCUCAUCCUGAGAACUUGGUCUUCUCAGGGGGAUGGAUCCAAACUACAAAAGUUGAGGACGGCCUUUCCAGGGUGAGCGGGUGAAGGACUCUGAGAUGGAUGGUGAUGCAGUCUACUUCUGCACAGACAGCCAAUGUGUCUCCUUGCACCCCCGAGGGAUGGACCCUGGGAUGGUGGCUCCUACUGCCCCCAAGAUGCUCAAGCUCAUCCAGGGCACCAUGAUAUUCAUAGCUGUGACCUUGGUCUCUUCUCUUGUGGCUCUCUUUGUUGGGGCUCUACAGCCCCGAAACCCUACAUCAGAGGAUCAUCCUUCCUUCCAAGACUUUCAAGUCAUGUUUCCGGGAGAUAACACAACCGAACCUGUGGAACCCAAUGGUCACUACUACUUUGGCAGGGUGCAAGAGGCUAUCCAGAUAUUUAAAAGCCACAUGGAAAAUUCCAGCACUCAGCAUGUGGAGAUCCAGAUGUUGAAGUGCAGAGUGGAAAAUGUCAGUUCUCAGAUCCAGGUGCUUGAGGUUUAUCUGGGCAAUACCAGUGCUGACAUCCAGAAGGUCAGAAGUGCUCUACAGGAGGCCAGGGCCUUGAGUCUGCAGACCGAGAUGCUAGGAAAUUCCUUGCAGGGGGCCAGUGCUGAGAUCCAGAGGCUGAAGGGAGAUCUGGAAAAGGCAAAUGCUUUAACCUUGCAGGCCCAAGAUUUUUUUAAAAACAGCUCAGAAAACACCAGUGUUGAGCUCCACAUGCUAAGCAGAGGCUUAGAAAAUGCCAACUCUGAGAUUCAACUGUUGAAGGCGGGUUUGGAAAUUGCCAACACCCAGGCCAGCUUGGCAAAUAGUAGUUUGAAGAAUGCAAAUGCUGAUAUAAACACUCUGAGAGGUCACCUGGAUAGUGUCAAUGACUUAAGGACCCAGAAUCAGGUUUUAAGAGGUAGUCUGGAAGGAGCCCAGGCUGACAUCCAGAAGCUAAGGGGAAGUCUGCAAAAUACAAAUGCUCUAAACUCCCAGACUCAGACCCUUCUCAAAGGCAGUUUAGAUAACACUAGUGCUGAGAUCCUGAUGCUGAGAGGUCAUUUGGAAAGGACUGGUAAUGAGAUGCAGAAGUUAAAAGAGGAUGUAGAGAACACCAAAAUUCUAACUUCGAAAAUCCAGGAGGAGCAGAGUCAACUGGGGACCCUCCAUGCAGCCAUUGCUUCACUGGAGCAGCUACAAACGACCCAAAAUCAACUUCUUCAGCUGCUCCUGCAAGGCUGGAAGGUGUAUGGGGGAAACUUGUAUUACUUUUCUCAUGUCAAGAAGCCUUGGCAUGAAGCUGAGCAGUUCUGUGUGUCCCAGGGAGCCCACCUGGCAUCGGUCACCUCUCAGGAGGAGCAGGCAUUCUUGGUACAGUUCUCAAGUACCUCUUACCACUGGAUCGGCCUCACUGACAGGGGUACUGAGGGCUCCUGGCGCUGGACAGAUGGGACACCAUUCAAUAAUGCCCGGAGCAAAGGGUUUUGGGACAAGAAUCAACCAGACAACUGGCGACAUGGGAAUGGGCAGUAUGAAGACUGUGUCCAUAUUCAGAAGAAGUGGAAUGACAUAAACUGCAGUAACUCCUAUCAGUGGGUCUGCAAGAAGAAAACAGGCUCUGCAGUGGCCUGAGGCAGCCCAGAGCUGUGGGGCCCUCCUGGCUGCAGUAUUGCACCCUCCUCUCUGACACUGAAUCCAGCCUGUCAUCUGCAGCCUUCCAUUGGCUUUUGUUUCCUGCCUCAUCCUUCUCCUUUCAAACAUAUUCACCUCACAUGACCCAGUGGGAUCAGUCAUUCCUCCAGGGAAGAGUCUUGCUGUGCCUCUGUUUUUCUUCAGCAACCAGCACAAGCCUAUAUGAGAGUAGGUCCUCAAUAAAGACUCACUUAAUGAA